UUCCGCCCGCGUGUCACGUGACCGCGGCGCCUACUUGAGCAGAGGAGCCGCCGCGUCCGGUCGCCGAGUCCCCUCGCCAGGUUCCCUUCGUCGUCGCCAAGAUGAUGUGCGGGGCGCCCUCCGUCGUGCAGCCGGCCACCGCCGAGACCCAGGACAUCGCCGACCAGGUGAGGUCCCAGCUUGAAGAGAAAGAAAACAAGAAGUUCCCUGUAUUUAAGGCCGUGUCGUUCAAGAGCCAGGUGGUCGCGGGCACAAACUACUUCAUCAAGGUGCACGUUGGCGACGAGGACUUCAUACACCUGCGAGUGUUCAAAUCUCUCCCUCACGAAAACAAGCCCUUGACCUUGUCUAACUACCAGACCAACAAAGCCAAGCACGACGAGCUGAGCUAUUUCUGAUCCUGACUUUGGACAGGACCCUUCAGCCAGAAGACUGAGAAUUAAAGUGAUCCUCCGUGGACCAGAGCAUGCACUUGUGAUCCUGAAAUAAGCUUCGUCUCCGGGCUGUGCCCUCAGGGUGGAAGGGGCGGGAUUCAGCAGCUGCCCUUGCAUUUCUCUUCCUAAAUUUCAUUGUUGAUUUCUUUCCUUCCCAAUCAGUGAUCUUAAUUACUUUCAAAAUAUUUUCAAAAUAGAUGUAUUUUUAAAAUCCUUA